AUGACAGCAAUCAUUGAGAAAAUUCGGAGGAAGCGCAGAGUCUCGUCGGAACUCGACUCGCGAUGGGGCGAUGUGGCUAUUUCCUCCCCCAACGAAGGCUCGUGGAACCAGUAUGAGAGAGCCGCCGCAAAGGCCACCGGUCCAGUAUCCCCACGCUCAACCGAUCAUGCCCACGGUCAACCGAAGGAAAUCUUGAAAGCGCCCUCUCAACCAGCAGUCCCCGUCAACGGAGGUGGUCUCGCGACUCGAAAAGAUGCCUUCAAGAGCUCCUCCAUAACUAUGCCUACGGGCUACUAUGAUGCGAAAGUACGACGUCAAGCGAAGGGGAAGACCCGCUCCCCCAAAACACGGCACGUCCAGCCCAAGCAUAUCACCCUGCCAAAGUCCUGGGAGGAGAACCGACAUGGUGACAGUUCGGCGGACGAAGCUGAAGACUAUAUCCCAGCGCUCGGGUCUGAGAAGCGAGGAGCAGAAGAUGCCAAUUCUCGUGGUUCGAAAUCACCUCCAUUAUCAGUUACCUCUCGGAUGCGCCGCUACAGCGGCCAAAGUACAUCGACUGAUGCGAUAUUCUCGGUGCCAGGGACAGCGAGCUCCCAGCGAACUAGUUUCAGUGUCGACGAUCCUCGACUCGCACGACAUACACCGCAACACGAGAAGAAGCCACCCCAAAGCACGAGGGCCGGCGACGCGGGGCCGACCCCUGCAGCGCAGGAACUGGUCCCUUCGUACGACGAUCUGUAUGGAUGA